AAAUCUCGAUUAAUUAUUAAAUUAUUUAAUGAUCAAGUGGAUGUUUAUUCAACUAUAAUCAAGUGGAUGCCUCGUAUAUGAUCAUUUAUGAAUCUCGCAUAUCAUUGAAUGAUAUGUUAUAUCUUCAUAUGCAUAUGCAUAUACACAUUUAUAUAAUAUAGGGAAGCUUGUGGAUCUGAAAGAGCUACAUGUCUAAGCUUGAGAACAUCGAGUUCAUCAUCUGAUCAGCUCCAAACGAUGGCUGAUGAACAAUAUCGAUUGCUUCCGAUUGCCAACGUGGUUAGGAUUAUGAAACACAUCCUGCCACCAAGUGCCAAGAUUUCAAAAGAGGCUAAACAAACAAUGCAAGAAUGUGUAACAGAGUUUAUAAGCUUUGUCACUAGCGAGGCAUCUGACAAGUGUCACAAAGAGAAUCGAAAGACUCUGAAUGGAGAUGACAUCUGUUGGGCUUUAACUGCUCUAGGGUUUGACAACUAUGCUGAGGCCACAGUUAGGUAUUUACAUAAAUAUAGGGAGGCUGAAAGAGAGAAAGCUAGCAGCCAAAACAAAGCAACCAGCUCUCAAGACAAAGACGAUGAAGAAUCAUCAGAGGAUAACAGUCGCCAACCAGCUCAUCAACAAACUGAUUAUGAAGCUCCAAGUCCAGUACUAGAGUUUAGAGUACACAUAUAGUACUACUAGGUGAAGAUUUGCUAUGGUGAAUUGGUGAGAUGUGAAUGAGCAAGAACAAGGACAGGUUGUAUAUGAAAGAUUUCGAUCUCUCUUGCUUUUGUUGUGUGAACUGAGUAAUCACUGUAUACUCAGGUAAUUUUGUAUCUUAAUUUCUUUGAUUCACUGUCAUGAUGUUUUUCUCCUUUUCACUCUUUCCUCCCCCAUUCUCUCUCUUAUUCCCCACAUUUUGCUUCAGAUGGAAACUUCUGUGAUGUUAAUCACUAUAUCAGUAUUCAAUCUCCUUGUCCAUUAAUUUUAUCUAGCUGGAAACGAUACUUUAGAGGAGUUUAAUGGUAUUUUUCUGAACUUAUCGUUUGGUGCAACUAAAGUUUGAACUGUAUGCAUGCUUAGAGAAGAGGCGACAGAUUCACUAUAGUAUAAGUCAUUGGACUGCAGAUUAACAUGUUACAUGCUACACAAUCAGAUAUAUAGACAGAUCAGAUGAGAUGAAAUGAAAUCAGAUCAGUAAGAAAGCUAUAGACACAUGAGAACCCAGUUGACAAUGUAAUUAAUGUAUGUACAUGAUCAUAUAUAAUCUUGACAAGAGUAGAAUUUAUCAGAUAUUAUUUUCUUACAAACUGUAUAACCCAAUAUUAAACUCUUACAAGGAUGCUGAUUUUCCAACUUCUGUUGUUCUGAUCAAUAGUGCAUAAAAGAUGAUAAAUUCAGUAUCAUUUGAAAGAUAAA